AUGUCGAAAAGGAGAGCCGCGAAAAGGAGUUACUGUGAAUUGACUGAUGAAGAGUCAGAUUCGAAUGAAAAUAAACAGCAUAUUUGUAUACCUAAUCCGGAUGACUCUGGCACUGAUGGUGAUAGUUCGUCAGAUACUGACAAUUCUGAAUCAGAACUAUCUGAUGAAGAUAAUUCUGAAUCGGAAAUUCAUGUACCAAAUGUCUCAUAUCGAUCUGUUUUUGAAAGUUAUACAGAAAAACAAAACCUUCCUGAUUUAGUCGUUCACUUGAACAAAUGUGGCUUACGAUCUACAGGAACUGUUCGUAAAGAUAGAGUGAAACAAAAACAUGAUUUUGAAAAAAAAGCACCACGAGGAACGAACCAAGCGAGUUAUGAUCGUAACAGUGAAAUGAAUCUCAUCAGUGUAAUUGACUCAAAAGAAGUUUCUAUUCUUUCUACGGCAUCUGGCGUCACUUCCUUGGAGCCAAUGGAAAGAUAUUCAAGAACUGCUAAGAAAAGAUCAAAAUUGGAAUUCCCUUGUGAUUUUUCUUCGUAUAACAAGUCAUCUUUAAUGAGUCAUCCAAGCAUAGACUUACUUCGACCUCCUAUCAUAAGAUUACCUUCAAUUAUUCAUCCUGAUAUGCAAUCACAGCAAUUAUUAAGGUUAAAGUUAAAAACAGGAUUUAUGAAUUUAAACCCGAAUAAGUUAAGAAGAAUAUACUCAGAUGACCAAAUAGUAGCAACUAUGAGCACCGAAGAUUCUAAAUUUCACUUUGAAGUAGGAUCAAGCAUAUCUCCACCAGAUCAAAAUACAAAAUUAAAUUUAAUGCUGGUAUGCGUCGUCUGCGUUAUAGUACUUUGUUUUGGAAUAGGUACAUGGACAUUUCGAAAAUGGUGUUAUGCUACAAUCAAACUUUCAGAAGACAAUAAGUGGAACAUGGAAAUGGAAACGAUCUCUGAAAUUCAAAUUGAAUCACGUGAUUUACAACAAUUGCAAAACAAGGAAACGUCACAAAAUUCUAAUCCAUUUUUGAAUAGCAACCAAAAUAUAAAAAUCAAACAUAUAAACGAUCAAUGGGAGUUUCCAAGACAUAAAUUAAAGGUAUCUACUAUACUUGGUGAAGGAUAUUUUGGACAGGUAUGGAAGUGUGAAGCUCUUGAAAUUCAUUCAUGUACAAAAUCCAAAAUUGUUGCUGUGAAAACAUUAAAAGAGAAUGCAACAGAAUGCGAGAAACUUGACUUUAUAAAAGAAUUAAAAAUAAUGAAAAUUUUAGACCCUCAUCCAAAUGUAGUGCGUUUAUUGGGAUGUUGUACAGAGCGUGAUCCUAUAUUUAUUAUUCUCGAAUAUGUAAGUGGUGGAAAAUUGCAAAGUUUUUUAAGAACUUUCAGAGAAGAUCGUAACCAAGGAUAUUUUAGUCUUACAUCUCGAGAUCUUACUAGCUUCGUAUACCAGAUAGCAAAAGGCAUGGAAAAUCUCGCAUCAAAAUGCAUUAUACAUCGUGAUCUUGCUGCACGUAAUGUUUUGAUUGAUGAAAAUCGAGUUUGUAAAGUGGCUGAUUUUGGAUUUGCACGUGAUGUUACAGCUGAUCUAGUCUAUGAAAGAAAAUCCGAAGGUAGAUUACCUAUACGAUGGAUGGCACCUGAAAGUUUGUUUGAUAAUAUCUUUUCGGUGAAAUCAGAUGUUUGGAGUUUUGGUAUUAUAAUAUGGGAAAUUAUAACGCUUGGAUCUACACCUUAUCCUGGAUUGGCAGCUGCCGAGGUUGUUAAACGAAUAAAAGAAGGCUGCAGAUUAGAUCGACCAGAGCAUUGUAAACGAGAACUUUAUAACAUUAUGUAUUAUUGCUGGGAUAAAGAACCUUCCCAUAGACCAUCAUUUUCAGAACUUGUAAAAUUAUUAGAAGGGCUUUUACUUAAUGAAAUCGAUUAUAUUGAACUUGAUCGGUUUCCUGAUCACUCUUACUACAACGUAAUCAAUCUUAGUGGUGAAAAAUUAUAA